AAAGUUCGGUCAACGAGAACUUUGAACGAUCGAAUCCAUCAACGUGGCUGAAAUGACCCAAUAGAAAGGAAUUUUUACCUAAUUUUAGACGACACUGGCCAUACCGUAGCAUUAUUUUAGGCAAGAUACGGUUGCUGGAAAAUCAAGGAACAUGGCAUCAGAUUUUGGCAAUCCUUUGAGAAAAUUUAAACUAGUUUUCCUCGGUGAACAGAGCGUUGGUAAAACAUCCCUAAUCACAAGGUUUAUGUAUGACAGUUUUGACAAUACAUAUCAGGCAACUAUUGGAAUUGACUUCCUCUCAAAGACAAUGUAUCUGGAGGACCGAACAGUCCGCUUGCAACUAUGGGACACUGCUGGGCAAGAGCGUUUUAGAAGCUUGAUACCAAGUUACAUCCGAGAUUCAACUGUGGCUGUAGUUGUCUACGACAUUACAAAUUAUAAUUCAUUUCAACAAACAAAUAAAUGGAUUGAUGAUGUUAGAACUGAGAGGGGGAAUGAUGUAAUUAUCAUGCUUGUUGGUAACAAAACGGAUCUUUCAGAUAAAAGGCAAGUGACAAGUGAAGAAGGUGAGAGGAAGUCCAAAGAAUUAAAUGUAAUGUUUAUUGAAACAAGUGCAAAAGCAGGAUACAAUGUCAAGCAGCUUUUUCGAAGAGUUGCAGCAGCCUUACCAGGGAUGGAAAAUACUGCAGAGAAACCAAACAAAGAUUUAGUUGAAGUAAAACUAAAAGACACGCCACAAGAAAACACGCAACAAGAAGGAGGGUGUUGGUGCUAGCUGCGUUAAUAUUGGAUCUUAAUCUCUGAGUUCUAACUGAGACCUGGAAUAUGAUCUCUGUCCAUAAUACAAAUACUAACAAUAUUACCUGAAAAAUAACUUGGCUUGCAACAAACAUUUGUUUAGCUUCCAAAGCUGGUCUUCGCCGGUGCAUAGUUUUCUACUGCUAAUGCGGUAUUAUUAAUUAUAAUAAUGGAUUAUUAAUUAUCAACAUUAGUAGUGGGGUGGUGGUUCCUACUAUUUGGUUCCAAGAAAAGUAUGCUUCUGUUUUUAGCCUUCGGAAAAAUAGAUAAUGUUGAUAAAAAUAAGACUGCACAAAGAAUACAUGAUUAAAUAGACUAGAUAAACUAUUAUUAGACGUUUUAACGCAAAAUAUCUUUAUUUCGGUUAACCAGGACGUCAGAACGAUGCGUUCUAAAGGGCACUACUGUAUUAAACU